UACAAUCCUCUCACUCCUCUUUUCRCAGGGAGUGCUUACAGAGAAUGCAUGGAUAAUGGAACGUGGGCUCUGAAGAGCAACUACUCCAGUUGUGAACCCAUUUUGGAGGAGAAGAGGAAAUAUCCAAUGCACUAUAAGAUUGCUCUGAUCAUCAACUACCUAGGCCACUGUAUUUCUGUGGGAGCUCUUGUCAUAGCCUUCAUUCUCUUCUUAUGCUUAAGGAGCAUAAGAUGCCUUCGAAACAUAAUCCACUGGAACUUGAUAACAACCUUCAUUUUGAGGAAUGUUAUGUGGUUCCUACUUCAGUUGAUUGAUCACAAUAUACAUGAGAGCAAUGAGCCUUGGUGUCGUCUUAUAACGACUAUAUAUAACUAUUUUGUGGUGACCAAUUUUUUCUGGAUGUUUGUUGAAGGAUGCUACCUUCACACAGCCAUUGUGAUGACUUAUUCAACGGACAAGCUAAAGAAAUGGGUCUUCUUGUUCAUUGGCUGGUGUAAGUGCAUUCUAAUUAAUAAUGUUCAGCAUCAGCAAGUGUUUGAGUACCAAUUUACUACGUCAGACUAUGACAAGUGUUUGA